UGCCUGGCGGGCUCAGGCGUGAGGCCUCAUGGAUCGACUGGUGCUGGGCCGGUGGCGACGGCGGAGGCCGGAGGAGUUGCAGGUUCCGGGGGACCUGAGUUUCCUGACUGUUCUCACAUAUUUGUUUUUCAAUUUGACUUGUGGACAGAGUGGAGACGCUGGGCACCUUCACCUCAUUCCUGAUCUUGCUGGAAAUGCUGCUGGUCUUUGCUCAUUUAAUAAGAAACGGGUAUGCAGGAGAUUAGAAGCCAGUGGGCACGAGCCUGGCUGCCACCAGGUGAACACCUGUACCCUGGUGUCCUGGGACCCAGGGGACUGGGAGCCUCCACCCAGAGGCUGUCCCCCACCCCUGAAGCCAGAGAGUGGCGAGGGGAGGCCAAAUGCAGGGAUUCCUCAGAACGGUGGAAGGAGCCUAGCCCAGCCUUGCCCAAGAUGUAUUGCCGGGGAAUCUGGGCAUUUUAACCACACUGAGAAUCGUUAGAAGAUACCAUCUGGAAAAAAGAAGAUUCCAAUUAUGAUUUUGACCCCUCUGGGUGAAGCAAGCAUCAGUCUCCUACAGAUGCAUCUGGGUGCCCACCUGUUCAUAGCAUCACAGUGCUCCAUGCUCAAGGGGCUCUUUGUCCUCUCAUCCAGGUAAUCCUACCAUCCUCUGCACAAGAGCCAGGAGGAUCCACGUCACUUCAGAAUGUAUCUGGCAUAAGAGGGAGAUCCACUGCAUUAUUUAAAAGUUAAAAAUUCCAUGUCAAACUCCCUAUGAGGUAUGGGAACCAUGCUUAUGAAAUCGUGUCCAGAUACAGUCCCACUUUCAUACUUUUCAGUUUUAUGGGUAUAUUCAGGACUGCUUUGUACUCUUUAAAAGACUUAUUUUUUUAUUUAAAAUGCUGUAUAAUCUUAAAUGAAUUUUACUAAAUGCUAGUAUUUAAUCUGAUCUGUAUAAUUCUCCAACCAAAGUUAUCAAAGAUAGAACCUCUUUUUUAUUAAAAUGGAAAUUGUUCUUUUUCUCU